CAUGAUUUCUCAACCUUUUCUCCACUUUACUCACUCUUGACUUUUACUCCAUUUGGCUGACCUCCCCUCUCACAUUUUCCCGGUUCUUAUUGGAGAGAAAUACAGGCAGCCCUAAAUCUUCAUCAAUUCUUCCAAAUUCUUGGCUUCUGAAUGAAUUACACUCGAUGAAGUAAAUACUGAGGUUUACUUUGUCUCAAAAUCUUAGUCAAAAGAUGCCCACUUAAGUGAGUGAUCUACAAUGUUAUAAGAUCUUGAAAAAGGGCAAAUCUUGCAGCAGCAGCAGCAACAGGAGAGAGAAAGAAGUGGGAAUUCAAUGGCGACAUUACCAAAUUCAAUGGAAAAUAAAGCAAGAUUUCCUCCGGCAAUAAUUGUGCAGCAGCAGCAGCAGCAGAUGGGUGGUGGUUCAUCGCCUUCAAGUAGUGGUGGUGGUGGUGGUGGUGUUGCAACGCCGAAUUCGAAUCAGAAAUCGAAUUCCCCGCAAUUGAGUACACCGCCAGGGCCGCCUGUAUUCAGCUCGCCGUUGCGGCCGGCUGCAGUACCGUUUCGAACAUCUCCUGCUUCUCCUCAACCUGUUGCAGUUGCAGUGGCUUUUCCCCCACCUAUUUCAACCACUCCUCCUUCUUCUUCUUCUACUUUACCCCCUUCUUCCCCUCCCACUUUUUCUUCUCAUAACACCUCUUUUGACUUCAAUUCUCUUUCCCCCCUCAACUCUCUUUCUCCCCUUGUUCAAUUCUCUUCUCAUAAGAUAUUGAAGCAGAAAAAGCAAGCAAAUGUGCCGAGUUUGGGGUUUGGGGCAUUGGUGUCGUCUGGGGGAGAGAUUGCUCAAGGUCCUCAAGUAAUUCAGCGUGAUCCUCAUCGUUGCCAAAGUUGUGGGGCUUAUCCCAAUCCGUAUUGUAAUAUUUUACCCGUUUCAGGGCAGUGGCAAUGUGUUGUUUGUCGUAAAUUGAAUGGGAGUGAUGGUGAGUAUGUAGCAUCGAGCAAGGAAGAGCUUCGUAGCUUUCCUGAAUUAUCCUCUUUGAUGGUUGAUUAUGUUCAAAGUGGAAGUCGAUUGUCGGGUUUUGUUCCUGUUUCGGAUCCAAGAACGUCUGCUCCCAUUGUUCUUGUCAUUGACGAAUGUUUAGAUGAACCGCAUCUUCAGCAUUUGCAGAGUUCUCUUCAUGCUUUUGUUGAUUCGCUCCCCCCAACUGUAAGAAUUGGAAUUGUUUCGUAUGGUCGAACUGUAUCUGUAUAUGAUUUCUCUGAGGACUCUACUGCAUCUGCUGAUGUCCUUCCUGGGGAUAAGUCACCUAGUGAGGAGAGUUUAAGAGCAUUGAUUUAUGGGACAGGUGUAUACUUGUCUCCAAUGCAUGCUUCACUUCCCGUAGCACAUACCAUCUUCUCCUCAUUCAGGCCCUACAAGGCAAGCAUCCCAGAGACUGCAAGAGAUCGCUGCCUGGGUACUGCAGUAGAAGUUGCCCUGGCAAUGAUCCAAGGGCCAUCUGCUGCUGAUUUGUCCCGAGGGGUGGUUAAGAGGCCGGGGGGGAAGAGCAGGUUAAUUGUUUGUGCUGCUGGACCCAAUACUUUUGGUCCUGGAUCAGUUCCUCAUUCCUUUAGUCACCCAAACUAUCCUUAUCUUGAGAAAACUGCAAUAAAGUGGAUGGAACAUUUGGGUCAGGAGGCCCAUAGACAGCAUACAGUUGUAGAUAUUUUAUGUGCCGGUUUUUGCCCUGUAAGAGUUCCUGUAUUGCAACCCCUCUCAAGAGCCUCAGGUGGUGUGUUUAUACUUCAUGACGACUUUGGAGAGGUGUUUGGUGUAAAUAUGCAGAGGGCGUCAAGUAGGGCUGCAGGCUCCCAUGGUUUUCUGGAGAUACGCGUUCCUGAGGAUAUUCUCAUCACACAAAUUGUUGGUCCUGGUGAGGAAGCUCACUCGGAUUCACGGGAAAAUUUUAAGAAUGAUGCAUCUCUUUCUGUUCAAAUGCUAAGUGUGGAGGAAACACAAAGCUUCUCAAUUUUCAUGGAAACCAAAAGAGACAUUAAAACUGAACAUGUAUUUUUCCAAUUUGCCAUGCAAUAUUCAAAUGUUUAUAUUACUGAUGUAACUAGGGUUAUUACAGUGAGAUUGCCUGCAGUUGAUAGUGUGUCAGCCUAUCUCGACAGUGUUCAAGAUGAUGUGGCUGCAGUUCUUAUUGCCAAAAGGACUCUGCUGCGAGCUAAAAACGCUUCCGAAGCAGUAAACAUGCGUUUGACAAUAGAUGAAAGAUUGAAAGAUAUAGCUUCAAAGUUUGGCUCACAAGUUCCAAAAUCUAAGCUCUAUAAGUUUCCAAAAGAGCUUUCUUCCUUGCCAGAGUACUUGUUCCAUCUUAGAAGAGGUCCAUUGCUUGGAAACAUUGUUGGUCAUGAAGAUGAGAGAUCUGUGCUAAGAAACCUAUUUCUAGAUGCUUCUUUUGAUCUUUCUUUGCGAAUGGUGGCGCCUCGAUGUUUAAUGCAUCGGGAAGGGGGCACCUUUGAAGAGCUUCCAGCUUAUGAUCUGGCAAUGCAGUCAGAUACUGCUGUUGUCCUAGAUCAUGGUACAGACAUCUUCAUCUGGCUGGGUGCAGAGCUUGCUGUUCAAGAAGGAAACUGUGCUGCAGCCUUAGCAGCUUGCAGAACGCUAGCAGAGGAGCUUAGUGAAUCAAGGUUUCCAGCUCCACGCAUUCUUGCAUUUAAGGAAGGGACCUCGCAAGCACGUUAUUUUGUUUCUCGACUAAUACCAGCUCACAAGGAUCCAGCUUAUGAACAGGAAGCAAGAUUUCCACAACUACGAACAUUGACUGUAGACCAGAGAGCUAAGUUGAAGAGUAGUUUCCUUCACUUUGACGAUCCAAGCUUCUGUGAGUGGAUGCGCAGUCUGAAACUUGUGCCACCAGAGCCAAGAUAAGGGGUAUCUUCAGUUUUGAACAGCCUAGUUAAAUCUCAGAGGAGAGGCCGGAACUUAGGGGUUUUUUUAUGGACAUUUGCUCUUCUUUUGAUGAAUACUCGUUAUUCCUUUUUGUUACUUGGACACAUACAGUAGAGUUCCGCGGUUUAGAGUAGUGCAGUUUGCAGCAGAAGCAGUGAACUGCCUGACAAUCCAUAUUCUGCCGAUAAUUCUGUUUUCUGUGAUCUGGGCUGGGUACGCACAGAAAGACCCUUACCCCUUCACUCCCUCCCCUUUCUCUGCUCUUCUAGAGAGCGAUUCUUUAAACUUUUUGCAACUUCAAAAUUUGUUAAGGCAUGUUGAGAACAAUAAAGUUAAUUUGGCUUUGCCCCCGUAAAUGAGGAUAAUUUAACAGCGUUGCUUCUGAAGUGUGUGGCUCUGAAUAACUAGGUACCAAUGCGCUCUUAUGAUGACUUCCGAACACGAGGGAAAAAGGAGAGACGAGGGUUGAGAAGCUUCGAAGAAAGUUCGUGUGACUGGGUACCCAUCUUAUUCAUGUAGCCAUUUUUGUCUGAUGGUGUAUGAAAACUAGAUUUGUCGAAUGGGGUGAGAUAGAUCUCAACUCGGAUGGGUUGGCUAGGUUGGUUAUUAGGUAAUACUUUAUCCGUUUUUUAAUUAGUUUGUAAAAAUUGGAAGUUUCAAAUUGAUUGUGACAUUACUUUCUUUUUUUUGGCUUC